AUGGAGACUUCCACUUCCAGGAUCGUUCUUGUCGUACCCAAACAGCAUGUCAAGAAUGUAAAGUCUGCCCUCGAGCGGGCCGGACAGUUGGAUCGGAGCAGCAAGAUCAUCCCUGAGUUGGAUCAUAAAAGAGCACCAGAGGCUGUCAUAGAUCCGGCUGGCCCGAGUCAAGGUGCUGAUUUAUCAAAGGCAUCUUCAUCUGGAGAAGACACUGCGGCAUCACCAGCAGAAGCCUCGCAGGCACCACCAAACCUUACACAUCAGUCGCGCUUCCCGAGGCUUCACUUCGACGCAACCAGCGGCGAAUAUGUCGACCAGUCAUUAUUGGGAGACAGGGUUCAGCGCGAAAACCGAAACAUUGAGAACGAGACUUUGAGCUUGGCGGCCGAGGCACCUGGUGAUCGCGACAAUCAUAUCAGGUUUCCAGCCCUGCAGUUCGAUGUGGUUAGAGGAGAAUAUGUUGAUCCUUCUACCAUGAAUGCGGAACUUGACCAGGUUAAGGAACCUGAGCAACAGCGGAUGCGCAUUCCCACGACCAUCCUGUACCCUGCACAAAUGAACGGCUCGAACGACAUCCUGGAUCUGGGGGGUUUAUUGUCCAAGAUAACAGAAGAUCUCGCACUGGGCGAAAUUUCCACAGACAUAUCCAUCUCACACCACGUCCCAAGCACGGCAGCAUCGCCGCGUGCGGCCCACCAAAGUCCCCUUCAUAAGGCUUUAGGAACCGCGCUCACCUUACUCCCGGAUCUUGCAUCUAUAACGCACACACUCACGGUCGAAGCACUCGUCACAGCUUUCCCAGAUGGAUACUCAGUGUACAAGCCCAUGCUUCUCCUUCCGCACAACUCAUUAUCCUCCGAGCCAUGGCGAACUCUUAUCACCACCUAUCCAGCCGACUCCGACAACAUGAUACCAGUAUGGCGGGACAUGGCGAUAUCAGUGGGCGCAACGCACGUCGCCAUCAACGCGCCCAUACCGAUAUCCACAUCUUCAACAUCAGCAUCAUCAACCACCACAACCGACAAAGAAAAUAUACUGCGAAGCCCAACCAAUCUCACACCUCUAUACGGCAACUUCGGACCUGCACCGACACCACAAACCAUCGCCUCGCCAUCACCCACAGACUUCGCCGACGCCCUCUGGGUAACUGCGCGUCAAAACGGUAUUUGGCAGACCUGGGCGCCGCUCUAUACGAUGUUCAGCCGUGGCAAUGUCAAUGAAAAAGCAAGGAUAUUGAAUCUUCCCUCGGUCAAUGAUCUGAACGUCGCAUCAACAGCCGUCGAUCUUUACGCUGGAAUCGGCUACUUCGCGUUUUCUUACAAGAAGAGUGGAGAUAGACGGAAUACAGGUAUCAAGCAAGUCGCAUGUUGGGAGAUAAACCCGUGGAGUGUCGAAGGACUACGCAGAGGUGCUGAGAUGAAUGGGUGGACCUGUCGAGUGCUCCAAGAAACAGACAUAGCGCGACUGCGUGGAAGUCCCGCAGUCGACGAUUCCGACUUCCACCAAGCGGAUCUUCUCGUCUUCCAGACAAGCAACGAGAGUGCUGAGGCGGACUACGCGUUGCUUCCAUCGCCCAAGUCUCCUGUUCGACACGUCAAUCUAGGCUUACUGCCUUCGUCUAAGCUCUCUUGGGGUGUUGCGGUUGCGAUGCUUGAUAAGCAGCUUGGAGGAUGGAUCCAUGUGCAUGAGAAUGUGGGCGUCAACGAUGUCGAGACGAGGCGAAAGGUUGUAGAAGAGGAAUUCCAGGGUCUGGUGGAUAAGAAGGACGCCGCAACGAGAAGGAAGGCUCUGGUGGAACAUGUGGAGAAAGUCAAGAUGUACGCACCUGGAGUUGUGCACUGUGUUUUUGAUGUUGUUAUUGGGGGCGAUAUCUGA